AUGGAUGUCUCUAACGACUUUGUGAGGUUCCAGAUCUUUGGUACCUGCUUCGAGGUCACCAGGAGAUAUACAAACUUGAACCCCGUGGGAAUGGGGGCGUUUGGCCUCGUGUGUGCUGCCGAUGAUAUCAUCGAAGAACGGAAAGUGGCGAUCAAGAAGAUCAUGAAACCUUUCUCCACGGACGUCUUGGCGAAGAGAACCUAUAGAGAGUUGAAGCUUUUGAAGGAGUUGAGGCACGAGAACUUGAUUUCCCUUAAUGAUAUCUUCAUCUCCCCGAGUGAAGACAUAUACUUCAUCACUGAUUUGCAAGGUACCGAUUUGCAUCGUCUUAUCAAGUCCCGUCCUUUGCAGCCUCAAUUUAUAAAAUAUUUCCUUUAUCAGAUCCUCAGAGGUCUUAAAUAUGUCCACUCUGCUGGGGUUAUCCACAGAGAUUUGAAGCCUUCCAAUAUCUUGGUGAAUGAAACCUGCGAUUUGAAAAUUUGUGACUUCGGUUUGGCUAGAGUCCAAGAUCCCCAAAUGACUGGGUAUGUAUCCACCAGAUUCUACAGAGCUCCAGAGAUCAUGUUGACAUGGCAAAAGUACGAUACAAAAGUGGAUAUUUGGUCUGCUGCUUGUAUCUUUUCAGAAAUGAUUGAAUCUAAACCUCUUUUCCCAGGUAAUGACCAUGUUCACCAAUUCUCAAUCAUUACGGAAUUGUUAGGCACUCCUCCAAGAAACGUCAUUGAGACAAUUACUUCCGAAAACACCUUGAAUUUUGUAUCAAGUUUGCCUACUCGUGAACCUGUGCCGUUAACCGAAAGAUUCAAAAACAUUGAUCCUCAAGCGGUGGAUUUGUUGUCAAAAAUGCUCGUUUUUGAUCCAAAGCUGAGAAUAUCUGCAGAAGAAGCCCUUGAGCAUCCUUAUCUUGAGGCAUUCCACGAUCCAGAUGAUGAACCUGUUGCGGAACACAUCUUUGACUGGAGUUUUACUGAAGCUGAUUUGCCAGUUGAGACUUGGAGAGCAAUGAUGUAUGGUGAAGUGAUAGAUUUUCACCAAACGGACCCAGGUUUCGACCCAAGAGCCUUCAGUUACACAAACGGAAUCUCUGAAACUACAGUUUCCAUGCAAGAAGCCUUUUUCAAGGCUGAGAUUCAGCAAGCAUAA